GCUGAGUCGAGCUAUAUAACCUGCACUCCUCUCCUGUCCUCGUGACCUCGUCCACUCCGCCGCCGCCGCAGCACCUUCGAGUUCCGUCGACCCGAACGUGCUCGCUCGCCUCCUCUCGACGCCCGCAUCGCCAUGGCGGCCGCCGCGCUCAGGGCCCAGCUCAACGCCCACAUCGCCUCCAUGUACGCCACGGGUAGUGUGGACGCGUAUUUCCAGCAGCUGCAGUCGAUGGAUGAGGGCAGUGCAACCACGGGCUUCGUCGCCGAGGUCAUCAACAUCUUCCUCAACGACGCCGACAGGAUCCUCAACGACAUCGCCGGCCUGCUGAACCAGCCCGAGGUGGACUUCUACAAGGUGGACGCCCUGGUGCAUCAGCUCAUUGGGAGCAGCUCCACUGUUGGUGCUAAGAAAGUGAAACUCGCCUGCAUGCAAUUUCGUCAGUCCUAUGUGGCAAAAAGCAAAGAAAGGUGUCUCAUGGCAUUGGCUCUUCUUAGGAAUGAGUUCUGUGAUGUGCGCAACCAGCUCCAGAUCAUGAUGCAGCUGGAGCGGCAGAUUGCGGCCUCGAGUCCUAUGUAGAAGUAAUCAAAGUGAUAAGAGAAAAGCCCCAUGUGAUCCCUGGCAUGAUGUGGUAUAUGUAUCUCUGAAUAUGUAGGUAGCAUUCAACAGGUAUUGGGCUUUGGAGCACGAAAAUGGUAUGCCAGGACGAUUCUUGCUUCGCGAUCACCCUCGGAUGUAAUUUGUUGUCUUGUGUGUUGAUGUACCUGUCUGUUAACUCUUUAUACCUCAGCGUCGUGGAUGGCCCAUAGACUGUGUGCAAACUCUAUACCUGGUUGGUUGCUGGUGACUUGGUUUUGUUGUA